UUUCAGGCUCAAGACCAGCCCACUUUUUUCAUGGUAGUGGAAAUUGGAUAAAUGAAGCAACAGUUCAGCUCUUACUAUCCUGUAGUUCUUUUAUUAAUACCAUGGUCCAACAAAUAAUGUAAAGGUUAAAUACAACAAUAAUAAUCCACUUAAGAUGAGAAGUUAACAAAAAAUAUGCACAACAUUAAAAAAGGCAGAAGAGCAUAGCAGGGGUGUCAGACUCAGAUUAGACAGUAGGCCAGAUUUGUUGGAGUGAGACCUCAUGGGGGGCGUCAUUGUCAUGGUCAUUGUCAUGGUCAUUGUCAUGGUCAUUGUCAUGGUCAUUAUCAUUUUUCUGCAUGAGUAUUAUAUAGUGGUGAUUUACUCCUUUACUACACACACUAAUGAGCAAACAAUGCAUAUUGGUUCAUCAAGUACUGUACUGCUCUUUCUUAGAAUAUAUAACUUUAAAUCAUAUUGUUUCCUCUGUUAUCCUCUCUACCUGUCCCUGUAGUCAUGGCCUCCUCAUUGAAAAUGUCGGGCUCAUCAUUUUCAGCAGGAGACUCUUAUCUGCUGCUCCGAAGCUACAAAGAAAAAUUAAGAGUCAUAUUACUGCAUACUUCAAUAUCAAUAGUAUAUGUCAAUAUUUGCAUAAUAUUUGCAAAGUCUAUGGAUCGCCAUAUUUUGGGUGAUAUAAAAAGGCUAAUAUUUUAAUUCAAUUUAAUAUUUUGCUUGGGAAUAGGUUGACAACGCUACAAUGAUAUUAAUCAAGGCUACAACGUUAGCCGAAUAGUUAUGUUGCUAAUCAUUAGGCCUUUGUCUCUCUUUACCAGUUGCCACUUGUGUUUGUCCUCUUGAACAUAAAUCUGUAAGCUUGGCAUAUUUGGCAGCAUCCUCCUCCAAUGCCUUUCUUUUUUUCAACCUGGCUUUUUCAGCCCCUCCUGCCCUCUUCCUCCCGUCCAUCCUCCCUGACGCGUAUCGUUGCGGUCGGGCCGGCCCAGCUAUCCGUAGCAGAGAAAACUUUUUGGAAAAGACGGCUAAGGACCGAACCAACUCUAUUUUGGAGGGGUGAAGUUCUCCUCUCCCAAAUUGAGUUGGUUGGUUCCAUAAUGGACUGAACCAACUCUAUUAUUUGGGAGGGGUGAACUUCCUCGCAUGGUACAACCCAUGCAGAGGCUGCGGUGUCAGAAUGCUGAACGUGUUCGUUUAGCCCACUUUAAGAGAAGAUGGACUAACGUGACAAAUGUCAACAAAUAAAAUUCUCGACCGGCCCAGAAGUUUAGCGGCCCACCGGGAACUCUCCCGAUUCUCCCGAUUACCCACCCCGGGCCUGAUCGAAACUCCAAACCAUCUUGAUGAAACUGGAGAAAAGCCUUUUGACCUCGUGACCUUUUCUGAAAAGGUCACGGGGUGACCCUCUGAGAUGUUGACCUCUACAUUAACUUCCAGUUGUACUCAGUAAUACUAUAUUUACUUUCAGUAAUGUUUUCAUCACAAAAUGCUCAGCAUAUAUAGCAUGACAUGCAUAACUAAGAGUUUUGUAGAUCUUAAAACAAAGUUAAUUCACUUUAAACUCUGAAGUGAUGUGAUAUAAGUCUUUGCAACAUCAUGUCAGACUGAGAGAAGUUGAUGACAGUGUUUUCUUUUGUCUUUGUUGAGUUUCAAAUAAGACGGAUUUGAUAGUGAGAACCACCAUUCUGUUGGGAGCUUUCCUCAUUGUUGUUUAUCUCUAUAAAUAUUUUACCCCAGUGUCAUCUUCCGAGGGGGGAUGGCAAUCAAACAAAGAUCCAAGAGUGCUGGUUUUGAGGAAGUGAGACUGGACAACGUCCUCGAGCCGGAGCAACGCGAGUACAAUGACAUCCUGCAGUGGGACGUCAACGACCGCAACCUCGCUCUGAAGCCGAUACUCUUCCUGCAAUGGAAGGAAAGAAACUGUUCACUAAAUGGUGACAAUGACGUCUUUGCCAACAAAAUCAACAUGGUUGACUAUUUCCAAAGCCUCGAGAACAAUACAGGAAACGGGCCCCUCUUUAUCGGCCACCUGAUUUGGGAUGCGGGGCCCAUUAGAGAGCCUCAUAAUAAGAACUAUAAUCCAGUUCAGGCGCAGGAGUCAAUCAUACCCCCUCCUACUGCGGUGGUUCACUUCCUCUUGUCCAGCCACACAGCGUUGGUCAUAUUCAAUAUGUCCCAGUUCAUCACCAUUCUUCCCAUUGAUGAUGUUUACAUGGCACUAUGACUCGGUCCUUAUUCCCAUAUGGGGGUGAAGAAUGAAGGACUGAAUAUUCCUUUCAGAAAUGUGGGUAAAUAUAACCCCUGCUAUUAUCGAGAUGUUCUCCUUGUUCACAGGUUCCUUCCAGCUGAGCUGUAUUGCAUGUGGCACCAAGGGAAUGAUCCCAAUCUGGAAUGCAUUGACACAUUCUGA